UAACUUCUUUUUAUUUCUUCUCUUUCAGAUGCAGUUAUGGACAUUAUAACCUAUGAUGAUUACCCCAAUCCACCGUUUCAGAGAUAUUGAGAGGAAGCCUGAAUACCUUCAGCCAGACAAGUGUGUUCCACCUCCUAGCCACAGUUCCCUGGGAACAAUGUGGUUUAUUAGAGAUGGCUGUGGUAUUGCAUGUGCUGUUGUUACCUGGAUGCUGGUCUUCUACGCAGACUUUGUAGUCCUUCUUGUCAUGUUAGUUCCAUCAAGAGACUAUGUUUAUAGCGUGAUCAAUGGGAUAUUGUUCAAUACGUUGGCUUUCCUGGCUUUGGCAUCACAUUUCCGAGCCAUGCUAACCGACCCAGGUGCUGUGCCCAAAGGUAAUGCCACAAAGGAAUUCAUCGAGAGUUUACAGCUGAAGCCUGGACAGGUGGUUUACAAGUGUCCAAAAUGCUGUAGCAUCAAACCUGAUAGAGCACAUCACUGCAGUGUUUGCAAGAGGUGUAUUCGAAAAAUGGAUCACCACUGUCCAUGGGUUAACAACUGUGUAGGAGAAAACAACCAGAAGUACUUUGUACUGUUUACAAUGUAUAUAGCACUGAUUUCCCUGCAUGCCCUCAUCAUGGUGGGAUUUCACUUUCUGUAUUGCUUUGAAGAAGACUGGACAAAAUGCAGCUCCUUCUCUCCGCCAACGACAGUGAUCCUUCUCAUCCUCUUGUGUUUUGAGGCACUUCUGUUUCUCAUCUUCACGUCUGUCAUGUUUGGGACCCAGGUACACUCCAUCUGCACUGAUGAAACGGGAAUUGAGCAAUUGAAAAAGGAAGAGAGAAGAUGGGCUAAAAAAACAAAAUGGAUGAACAUGAAAGCAGUAUUUGGCCAUCCGUUCUCUAUAGCAUGGCUUAGUCCAUUCGCUACUCCAGACCAAGGAAAAGCAGACCCAUACCAAUAUGUGGUCUGAAGAAUUCUUGACCAGCAUUUCCACUAAAAUAAAACCACAGUACAGCACUACUGUUCUCUAUUUUACAUGAAUGUUUGAAACAGAAAGCAAAACAAAACAAACUUUUUUUUUACAUCUACUAAAUGGCUGAUUGCAGAGGGGAAAAAAGCCCUGUAAUUCUAUAUCUUUAGGUGACUCUAUCUCUGGCUGAAGCUGCUGCUGCUUUUUUUUUUUUAAUCUUGUUAACUUUACUGGCCUUUGUUUCUAUCUGCUUUCUGUAUGGCAUAACUAAUAUGAAGGGGAUCCUCUUUCCUUGUUGGGCCCACCUCUUCUGAGUAGAUUUUCAUGUGGUCUCAUGACUCUGACAUCUGUGGAUGACACACGAGUGCCAACAGUGCCAUCUUCUAUAGACAACUUUGGAUCUCCUCAUGGAGCUUGCUGUUCUUGAGUCAGCAUUGGGGCUCUUUCAUAAGAUGACUUGAACUGGGAAACAGACACUUCAGUUACUGAAAGGUGCAAGAUGUGCGUGUGACCCUACAAAGGAUCCAUUUAAUAUGAUGGUCCCAUACAGUUAAAGUAUUUAAAACAAAUGUUGCCAGUGCCACCUUUUUCUUCCAGCUACAAAAUUGAUUCCAUCUUUCUGGCAUUCUUUUGUGCAUUCCCUCCCUUGUAAGCAGGAAGUGUUGCCCUUCUAGGAAAAACAUGGUAGCUUUGGAAGACUUGCUGGAUGAAAUGCCUUACUCUUUCAGGAAAGAGAUCUCAUUUUAAAAUGGUUAGGAUAGAAGGAUUAUCUUGUUUGUCUUGGUAAAUGAAUUGUUAGAACAAAACCUACUAAAAAGUAUUGAUGUGUAGAACAGGCGUGAAUGCCCAGAAACAUGACAAAUUGCCAUAAAAAAACAUAGGGCUUGUGUAGGUAUACCAGAGCAGAUACCAGUUAAUUUUCCAUUCCUAGCACUGCCCCUCAUUAGAGCUUUGUAAAUGUUUUCAUAUAUUUUCAGUUGGGAAAUGUCAGUGUUAAGGAGUAUGCAUGCCUGGUGUCAUGAAUUGUGUGGAUUGUUAACUAUGUGCAGUAAACAGUUGAAAGCGAGAGGGGCAGAGGGCAUUCCACUGAAAACAAAAACGGGUAAAAACAGUCUCAUGCGACUCAAAAAACUAACGUUUGUAUCAAAGCAGGGAUUUUACUGAAAGUUUUUUGGAUUGUUUUGAAAAGGAGUGAUUAACAUAACUGCCAACAGGACCCAUCAAACAAUCAUAAACAAAGGAAAUCUGUAAAUAAGCCGUGUUCAUGGAUUCUCACAUAACUUUUGUUUCCACUUUUGGAGAAGAAAAAAUAUUUUGGCAAAUGACCUCUUAGACUGACUCAAAGCCAUGAGGGAAGGUAAAGAAAUCAGGGGUAGAGAAAGGUGAAUGAAUCUGUCUCACUUCAGACGUAAUGUGAAUGCUGCAUCUUUUCUGUCAAUGCUUCCAUAUGGAAAACAAAUGCAAUAAAACUUUUCCAAAAACUGU